AUGCAUUUCUAAAGAAGAGGAAUUAUGAAUUAUUCAUACUCUGUUGGAGACAUUGUUGGCCGUGGGUUCAGUUCCAUAGUUUACAAAGGCAUUAACGAUCUUACUUAAGAAGAAGUAGCCAUUAAGGUUAUUUAAAGAUAAAUAAGUGAUCAAAUACCACUAAUUUAAAAUGAAAUUACAGUGCUUUCAAAACUCAAAGGAAAUUUUAUACUCAAACUCCACGAUUACUUUUACACUAAAAAUAAUAUUUAUAUAAUAACUGAAUUAUGCAAAUAGGGUGAUUUACAAUCAUAUAUAAAGAAAUAUGGUAAAUUAAAUUCAAAUAUUGCAAUACAAAUUAUUAUUUAAAUUAUAUAUGGAAUUGUAUCCAUGUAAUAAGAAAACAUAAUCCAUAGAGAUUUGAAACCCUAAAACAUUCUUAUUUCAGACAAUACUAUAAGAAUAGCCGAUUUUGGAUUUGCAAAAGAAAUGUCUAAAUUAUCAUCUGAGAUGAACGUUGGAACUCCUUUAUACAUGAGUCCUGAAACUUUGAUCAGAAAUUAAUAUCAUUUAAAAAGUGAUAUUUGGAGUUUCGGUGUGAUGGCCUAUGAAAUACUAUUUGGAAUCCCUCCUUGGAGUGCUCAGAAUGAGAGAGAUCUAAUUUAUGAAAUAACAAGAAAUUAAGUCACCUUUCCAGAUGCACCAGAAAUCCCGAGUCAUGUCAAAUAAUUAAUAUAAAAUUGUUUGGUCUUUGAUGUAAAUUAUAGAUCCAGCAUAGCUGAUAUCCUUAAUAAUAAAUUAUUUGUUAAACAACAAAAUAAAACUACUUUUAAAACUGUGAAAGUUGAUAGAUUAGCUGCCCCUGUUAUUCCAAAAAUUACAAAAAAUGAUUCCGAUUAAUUUAUCAUUGUUGAUAAUACAAUACAAGGAUACUAGAAUUAUUUUAGUGUAAUUAAAUUUAUUUUAUCUGAUAAUUACAAAUUGAUUUCACCUUGGUUAAAAGAAAAACUAUGCAUAUUAUCAGCCAAACAUUUGACUAUUCUAUCAGCAGCACUUUAUAAUUUAUUCACAUCUGAAUCAAAUACUGGAGAUAAUAAAAUAAGGUAGUAAGGAUUAGAAUAAGUCUGUUAAGAUAACAUUAAAAUUUAAGAAUUAUUUUAAAGUCAAUUGAUUAAAGUUAGUUCUAUCCCAGAGUUUUCUAAUGAUAAUGUAAAAUUCGACUAAGAAUUUUCUCGUUUAAUAAAAAAUUUAACAAAGGAAGGAUUGUUAUCUUAUAUUAAAAUGAGUAUUGAAGAGUUGAAUCAUGAUUUGUAUACAAAAAUAAAACUUUAGAAUGUGAUAUAGUAUACAAAAGAGUUGUAAAUUUUGAAAACAUUAUCCUAAUAUUAUGAGCUUUUAUAUAAAUAUGGAUUAUUGCCUUCAUUUAAUCAAAAUGAUUUAUUAUAAUAUUUAGAUUAAAUAACCCAUAAUUAAAAAUAUCUUAUUGAAUAUAGACAUUUUUUAGAAUUAAGAUAUGAAAUUAAAUAAAUUUUGAAAUGA